ACACAAAGUCAUUAUGUCUUCCGAGCUUCCAGAUAUUGUCGGAUUGAAGCGCGCCGUGGAAAGGGGCCAGCGCGUUGGCCCCGAGGAUGUCUCUGCUUUAGCACAGACUGAGAGCGAAUUGACCGGUGCCGGCCCCAUCAGAGGCGGAACAGCGGCAACUGCUCAAAGUCUAGCCAUGAAACAGAUGAACUUUGACGAAAUACUGGACGAACUCUCUCGAAAGCCCCAAAGCCACAUAACCCAGGAUGAUGCUCGAGAGCUUUAUGCAGCGGAGGGCCGAGCUUUCAACAAACCUCCGGGCCCGGGGUCCAUUGCAGCCCAGGUCCGUUCUAUAGCCGAUCGAAACGAGGCCCUUGGGGUGCCUGCUGUGCCAGGAGAAGCUCCGGUGUAUAUUACCAAGGAGGAUGCGAGUGAGGCGCAGCAUGCUGAGUCGACGAUAUAUGGCGGGCAGAAUCCACGGGGUGGAAUUGCGGCGCAGAUGCAGAGCGCUGCCGAUAAGAUCAAUAAUGCGCACCGAGAAUAA